UACAAAAAAAAAAUAAGCAACAAAAAAUUGUUCUAAUAUUUUGGAGUUCUUGGAUUUCCACAACAGCUUUCGAAAUUUUAGCUAGUUAGUCUUCAGAUUGAGUCGCACCGCAAAACAUGUCGAACACUUUUUCCUACUGGAAUGGCCAGCCCGUGAAUGCGCCCGUUUAUCCGCAGAUGGGUGACCUCAUGCAGCAUGCAGCCGCCGGAGCAGCAUCAGCAGCAGCAGCACCACCACCACCAGCAGCUGCAGGAGCAGCAGGAGCAGCAGGACUAGGAUUGGGUUCGGGAGCGGGAGCAGGACUAGGGAGUUGGCCUGGCCAGGGAGCAGCUGCGGCACAGACCAUGCUUCCCUUUGCCGGACCAGCCAGUGGCAUGGGAUCCGGCAUGACGCAAGCCCUGCCCACAUUCUAUGGCCAGGGAUCCAAUCAAUUUGAGCCCUGCAUCGACAAUGGCGAAGCCUUCUGCGCCUACAACGGCAUGGACAUGAGCAUGAACUACGGCGGAGGCAGUGCGUCCAAGGGCGGCUUCUGGUAGGACCCGACACUACGAACAAUGGCAGCACGAGAAUAUACUAGAGGAUCACAGCAACGGCACUAAACGGCGAAACAGAAUCUAGGGCCACUCUCGAAUUUACACUGGCACAACAUAUAUGGAUAUAUGUAUAUGCACGCAUCAGUUAUCGAAUCAAACGUUUAUUUGUGCAGUUGAAUUAUAUAUUUUGGGUACCGCA